GCCGCGUCCCUCCGGCGCUCCUGCAGCUCCGGGCGCAGCCAUGGCCUCGGCCCUCUGGCCGCGCCUCAGCCGCGUCCUCUGGCUCGCCUGCCUCCUGCCCUUGGCCCCGGCUAGGGUGGCCGCAGGGCUGUAUGAACUGCACCUCACCACCGAUGGCCCUGCCACCACAGGGGCAGAGGUGACCAUCACAGCCAGCCUGGUGGCCAGUGACAAUGGCAGCCUGGUCCUGCCCACCAGCACCCGCCUCUACCGCUUCCACUGGAUCCAUACCCCACUGCUGCUCACGGGGAAGACUGACGAGGCUUUCAGCUCCACCAUCCGUGCCGUGGGGACCGUGCCCGGGGACUUCCCCAUCUCCGUCUGGGUCACGGCUGCCGACUGCUGGACGUGCCAGCCUGUGGCGAGGAGCCUCCUUGUCCUCCCCAUCACAGAGCUCCUCGUGGGGAACCUCGUUGUCACCCAGAACACCUCCCUGCCCUGGCCCAGCUCCUACCUCACCAAGACAGUCCUUAAAGUUUCCUUCCUCCUCCACGACCCAAGCAACUUCUUCAAGAUGGCCUCAUUUCUCUACAACUGGGACUUCGGAGAUGGCACCCAGAUGGUGACGGAAGACGCUAUGGUCUAUUACAACUAUUCCAUCAUUGGAACCUUCACCGUGAAGCUCAAGGUGGUGGCCGAGUGGGAACAGGCAACGCAGAACGCCGGGAAGGGCAUUAUGCAGAAGACAGGAGACUUCUCUGCCUCACUGAAGCUGCAGGAAACCCUUCGAGGCAUCCAGGUCUUAGGGCCCACCCUGAUUCAGACCUUCCAAAAGAUGACAGUGACCUUGAACUUCCUGGGGAGCCCCCCUCUGACCGUGUGCUGGCGUCUCAAGCCCGAGUGCCUGCCGCUGGAGGAAGGAGAAUGCCAGCCCAUGUCGGUGGCCAGCACGGCCUACAACCUGACCCACACCUUCAGGGAUCCUGGGGACUACUGCUUCAGCAUCCGGGCUGAGAACGUCAUCAGUAAGACGCACCAGUACCACAGGAUCCAGGUGUGGCCCUCCAGUAUCCAGCCGGCUGUCUUUGCUUUCCCGUGUGCCACACUGAUCACCAUGAUGCUGGCCUUCAUCAUGUACAUGACCCUCCGGAAUGCCGCUCACCAGAAGGACAUGGUAGAGAACCCGGAGCCGCCUGCCGGGGUCCGGUGCUGCUGCCACAUGUGCUGUGGGCCCUUCUUGCUGGAGACUCCCUCGGAGUACCUGGAAGUUGUCCGCGAGAACCACGGGUUGCUGCCUCCCCUCUACAAAUCCGUCAAAACGUACACCGUGUGAGCGCCCCCCAAUCCCGUGUCAGCGUUAACUGACCGCCAGCUGGGCGCUUCGGACAGGGCGAGCCGCCGAGCAGGAGGGGCGCGCGGGUGCGGGGCUGUCCACCCUGCUGGCCAUCCAUCCGUAUUUCCAGCUGCCGCCAUGAGCCCCCCUCAGCCCCACACCCCCACCAUCUGUCCAUCUGUGCAGUCCAGCC